CCACAUGCCACCCUCUGGCCCGCGGCGUGAUCCCCUGCGUCCCUUCAAUGGCACGCUGCCAGGACCACAUCCCCGGGCUACGGGAACCUGCUCUUACAAACUACACCAGCAAAGCCACCACUCACUUCCCAACCCAGCGCCCAAAAGUGCCUGGCCCAGGGCACUGCACAUCUCUGGCUCUCCUCCCUGCUGCCCCACCCUCCCAUACUCCCAUAGCCUUCCUCCCGCAGGCAGCACUGAUGCCUCCUCCUCAUCCUCUCCAGCUGAGGCUUGCUGGGUUUGUCCUGGAGACACCACACAGCCAGAGGGUUGGCAGCAGGGGCCGACCCAGAGACACACGGGGGGGCAGCCGUGCAUGGUGGUGAUGCCAAGGGAGGUGACAGUCUGCUCUAACGGAGCAUCCUCUCCUGCUUGCCUUUCCAAUCCCCAGGAGAAGAUCGAAUACGCCUUCCUGAUCUUCUUUGCCAUUGAGGCAAUGCUCAAGAUAAUUGCCUACGGGUUUCUUUUCCACACGGAUGCCUAUCUCCGAAACGGCUGGAACGUGCUCGACUUCUCCAUCGUGUCCCUGGGGCUUAUCACCAUGACCUUGGAGCAGGUCAAUGCGAAGCAGGGAGGGACUUCAGGGGGAAAAGGCGGCUUUGACGUGAAGGCCCUGCGAGCGUUUCGUGUGCUGAGACCCCUGCGCCUGGUGUCCGGAGUGCCGAGCCUUCAGGUCGUCCUGAACUCCAUCAUCAAGGCCAUGGUGCCCCUGCUCCACAUCGCCCUGCUGGUCCUCUUCAUGAUCAUCAUCUAUGCCAUAGUUGGGCAAGAGCUCUUCAAGGGCAAGAUGCACAAGACCUGCUACUAUCUCGGGACAGAUGUGAUUGCCACGGUGGCGUCAGAGAAGCCAGCCCCAUGCACCAGCUCUGGCCACGGGCGACACUGCACCAUCAAUGGCACUGAAUGCCGAAGCGGCUGGCCGGGGCCCAACGACGGCAUUACUCACUUCGACAACUUCGGCUUUGCCAUGCUGACUGUCUAUCAGUGCAUCACCAUGGAGGGCUGGACCGAAGUCCUCUACUGGGUGAAUGAUGCCAUUGGGAAUGAAUGGCCCUGGAUCUACUUUGUCAGCCUUAUCUUGCUUGGCUCCUUCUUCGUCCUCAACCUGGUGCUGGGGGUGCUCAGUGGGUAA